AGUCAGAAAAGGAGGGGAGGGAGGUAGCUAGAGACGGCAGAGAGGGAAGGAGGGGUAAGACAGCUAGAGAGAGCGGGCGAGCGAACAGGGACGGAAGGGAGGGGAGAGAGAGAGAGAGAGGAAAGAGGGGGAGCACAUGUGUAUGCUUGUCACUGAGGGGCUGGGAGAAGGACUAAGGGAAGCGAGGUAGCUGGCCACAGCCGCCAUAUGCUGACUGGAUUCCUGUUCAUGUCUGCUGUGUGAAGACUGUAGGUUUCUAUUGUGUGCUGGCCGGCUGGGGAACACACCAUGGGAAGCUCACAUCUCCUCAACAAAGGCAUGCCUUUAGGCAUCAGGCCACCCAUUAUGAACGGGCCUAUGCACCCGCGCCCCCUGGUGGCGCUGUUGGACGGGCGUGACUGCACUGUGGAGAUGCCCAUCCUGAAAGACGUAGCAACCGUGGCCUUCUGUGACGCUCAGUCCACACAGGAGAUCCACGAGAAGGUGCUGAAUGAAGCUGUAGGAGCUCUGAUGUACCACACCAUCACUCUGAUGAGAGAAGACCUGGAAAAGUUUAAAGCGCUGCGCAUCAUUGUCCGCAUUGGCAGCGGCUAUGACAACAUUGACAUCAAAUCUGCCGGGGAACUUGGCAUAGCUGUAUGUAAUAUGCCAGCAGCCUCAGUGGAGGAGACGGCAGACUCCACGCUGUGUCACAUCCUCACCUUAUACCGACGUACCACCUGGCUGCACCAGGCUCUCCGUGAGGGCACGCGGGUUCAGAGCGUGGAGCAGAUCCGAGAGGUGGCGUCUGGAGCGGCGAGGAUCAGAGGAGAGACACUCGGACUUAUAGGGCUUGGUCGUGUGGGCCAGGCUGUAGCCCUGCGAGCCAAGGCCUUUGGCUUUAAUGUGAUCUUCUAUGACCCUUAUUUGGCUGAUGGUGUAGAGAGAUCCCUGGGACUACAAAGGGUCACCACACUACAGGACCUGCUCUUUCACUCCGACUGCGUCUCUCUGCACUGCAGCCUCAACGAGCACAACCACCACCUGAUCAACGACUUCACCAUCAAACAGAUGCGACAAGGAGCAUUCCUGGUGAACACAGCCAGGGGGGGUCUGGUGGAUGAGAAGGCCCUGGCUCAGGCCCUGAAGGAGGGGAGGAUACGUGGAGCUGCUCUGGAUGUUCAUGAGACAGAGCCUUUCAGUUUCAGUCAGGGCCCGCUAAAGGAUGCUCCCAACCUGAUCUGCACCCCACAUGCUGCCUGGUACAGCGAACAGGCAUCACUGGAGAUGAGAGAGGAGGCAGCCAGGGAGAUCCGAAGGGCUAUCACAGGUCGUAUCCCAGACAGUCUGAAGAACUGUGUGAAUAAGGAGUUCCUCACCCAGAACAACCACUGGGCAGGAGUUGACCCAGCUACCGUCCACCCCGAGCUCAACGGGGCUUAUAGGUAUCCCCCAGGAGUGGUGAGCUUGCCAGCUGGCGGCCUCCCGCCACCUGUUGAAGGCAUUGUGCCCAGCGCCGUGCCCAUCACACACACCCUCCCGCCUGCUGCCACACACCCUCCUCAUGCCCCGUCCCCCGGACAAAAUACAGUCAAGCCACCAGAGGGCGACAGAGAGCAGCAUCUGAACGACCAACUGUAGCCACACACACAAACGCACACACGAUCACCCAUGUUGUCUGGUGACUGGAGGAGGUAGGCAUGGCAACCGGGAUCAUAGCGAUAAGUUCCCUAGUGAUAAGUUGUUAUCAGAAAGGUUCAGAGUGUCAGAUCGACAGGUUGAGGUCCCAAUAACAAUCGAUUUACAACUCUCUGGCUAUUGGUUCCCAGCAGCCAAUUCACACUCCAAAGAGGAGGAAGAAGAAGAAGAUGAUGACAAUAAAGAGGAUGAUGACGAGGAGUGGAUAGCUGUCAGAUGCUCUAAUCAAAGAGAAAGACAAUUGUCCUCUGCUCUAAACAGAAAUCCUCAGACUGUAAAGAUCCACAGGUUUAUCUUCACAUAGCAACUACAGUAUAGUCAAGUUUUCUCUGCCAGAAGUUAAAAAAUAAACUAAAACAAUGUUCAUUUGGGAAGAAAAAAUACUGAAUCAAAUCCUGCUGUUUUAGACUUUAGUGUGUCCACAGUUAGAGGGGCCUAUUUCAUGUCUUUCUCUCUUUUUCUGUGUCAUUUCCUUAGUUUGAUGUACAAGCAAAAGUAGUAGGUUAUGAAAUGAAUGUAACCUGUCUGUGUACAGUUUUUAGACGUAUGGCAAGAAGAUACUGAUAUUUGUAUUCCAGUCUUAACAAAAACAAGGGUUAUAUGAUCUCUCUAUGUAGCGAAACUGGUUUGAAAAUACAACAUCUCUUUUUAUGUCCCCAAGUUAACAAUUAACAACCCUCCCCUAAAAAGAGGCAGCUUUUUGCACACCAUCUCAGGAAAUUAAGUUUCCUCAGUUGGUAUGUUAUUUUUUUUAUUUUAAAAAUUCCUUUUUAUGCCACUUAGUGCUUUUGUUUUUCUACCUGCUUGCCUUUUCAUGUCCCGCUACAUUAGAAAAAUACUUUAAAAAGAGAUAAAGUUGAUCUAAUGUUCGCUUUUUGUUUGUUAUGUUUAAGGAGCAUGAGACUUUGCUCUUGGAACUUGUGUAAAUGUUUGACCCAAAUCGAGAGGGUUGCGGGAGGAAAGGCUGUAGGGAGGUGGCAUGAUGGUAUGCUUAGCUGGGACGACUUAAUCCCUAGUCGUGAUGUGGCUUUACAAAAUAGAGGGGUUGGGUUAAUUACUUUGAAGGACACAGCAGGUUGUGGAUGAGGCGAUGCACUGAUAUUGUAGCAGUUUACAGCUUGAGCCACAUAAAAGGUUAUUAUCUUUGUCUUCUUCAUGUCUAAUGAUCCAGUACUUCCACUAUACACAUAUUAAUUGUCUAGGUCAUGGAGCAUAAGCAGUUCAGCACAACAAAUGAUGCACAACACUGGUGAAUCAGUGUAUUGCCUCAUGCUGCGAAACCAGUAUUUUACUGAAGUUUGACUUCCAGCUACGGAUCUGUCAAAUUAACUGCAUUAACAAACUCUAUACUUCUACCAAAACUAUUUUGGUUCCUAUCUGAAGUUAAACUACAGUACAGAUGUCACAUGCGGUUCAGAACAGUUAAUGGUUACUGAUUAAUGAGGAACAGUUGUGUUCUUGAAGUGAGGUUGAACCAAAUGUUCAUAUUUGUGAUCUGCUCCCAAAUCGACCCUUUUAAAUACCACAUGGCUUGUCAGUUUUACCUUUCUUUCCAAGAGAGGAACACAUUGCCUAUGAGAGCAACAAACUAUGGUUUUACAUUGUGAGAAACAUCAUGUAUGCACAACAAAGUACAGACGUUUCAUGAUAGCAUGUCAGAACGUACUGAUUUCUCCAGUCUAGCAUCCCUUUAACAUUUCAUGAUGGGUCCUUCCUGAGUAUACCAUUUAGCCACCCUCUGUGGCCUCUGUGUCUAUGUGUACAUAUGGUGUUCUGCCUGCCUGUGUCAAUGUGACUUGGUUGUUAUCUGUGUCUAAAAAAAAGCAGCACUGGGAGGAGGGGUGGUGGCUAGUACUCUCCACAAGGCAUUAUUACAAAGAGUGCCAUCUAAAUACACAACAAAACACUAUGUGACAAACUAAACAUGCUUAGAACCAGACUUUAAAUCUGAGCAAGCAAACUAAGUCAGUAAUCUACGCUUUUACUGGUCCCACAAUGUAAGCAAGAUGCUGAUAGGGCAGUAGUAAAAUAUCUGAACCUGUUUUUCUAUCUGGAAUAUUUAAUACUGAUUCCAGUUCAUGUGUUGUUGAUGUUAGCAGGCCAGCCAAGUGAAGGUGCUAUUUGGAUCCCCUUCUACCAGCAGCUGAGUAGUUAAAACAGUUCACUGUUGCCUACCUGGUCUUCUUCAUGGUAAGGUAGUAAGAGUAGCAAUCAGGGAUGGAAAUUUCUCUAGCCAUUGGUGAGUAUUUUACAGCCCAGGCCAGUUCUCACUGGCCAAAAUCUGAAGGAGGUGUCUAGUACAGAAGGUACUGAGGUGACAUUUAAAUAUCACUGUCAGACUAGAGCCCCAAAUUCCUGAAAUGAAUGCUGUAUUAUUUUACUCUUAAUCUUUCCUCACCAGAUGCCUGUCAUUAUGUGAGGGAGAAAGUCUUUGUUAAUACUUCCUAAUAUAACUCUUAGCAUUCCUCAUUCAAACCGAAGGGUGCCAAAAGUAAAAACAACAGACUGACUUUUAACGUGUCGAGUUGCUCCUUGAAAUUCCAUCCCUGGUAGUAACACACAGUCCACUGUUGCCUACCUUGGUCCCCUUUAUGGUAAAGUAGUAGGCGUAGCAAUAUACAGUAUACAUAUUCUAUAUUCUACAGUAAAUAUCAUUAUUUUUGGUCAAAACUGACAACCUGACAAAGAUAUGUUUGUGACUGUAUGCAUUUGUAUGAAUUAUUUUAAAAGGAAAUAAACUGUGGAAAGGUGA